CGGACCGUUCGGACCCAUAGAGCGAGUUUCAGUAUACUUUGACCAAUAGCCAGCAAGUGUCGGUUGUACGAUUAUAUACUUUCAAAUUUAGUUGUUACCGGUUUCUGUUGUGUGUGUUACAAGAUUGUGAUGAUGGCUGGAAUGAUUUCCAGGUUUAGGGAAGAAUAUAAAAAGAAUGUUUUAGUCUCUGCGGGUGCUAGAAAAUAUAAACGAAUCCAGAAGCAAUUAGAAUAUCGUCAUGUUUCCAGAACUGAGCAGUUUAGCAAGCAACGUAAUUUGAAUGGCCUUACAGAUGAUUCCCAAAUUCCCAAGACAGCAGCUGAUUCACGCAAAUCAAGACUGGAGAAGUGGAAGGAAGAGAAACAGCGGCAGAAGUUGUUAAAGAAGGCUUUAGAGAAACCAGUUUUUAAGUGUGGUGUUGUGCAUCAUAAAAUGGGGUCUCCAUAUCUUAAUGAUCUCACUAACAUGAGCCAUAUUGAACAUAACAAAAAGACAUCCACACAUGCAGGGCUUGAACAUCCAAGGUUUAGGCAGAAAACUGCUGCAAUGAAGAAAACGUCUGUUACAGAUAGUACAACAUCUUUUGCCCCAUCAAACUUCAGAUUCAAGCCACCUAAAAUCAAACCAGUGGCAUUGACUGAAGAAGGACCCAGGAUUAAUAUUUUUGCUGCUGGGAAAGGUGUAAUAACUAGAGAGGGUAACAGCAGUACAAAUCAGCCCCAGAUAAACCCUUUGCGGAGGGUUACUAGAUCCCAGACGCGUGCUUGCAAUGAAUCAGAACAGCCUCACUUCACAAAUGUAGGAAGCAGAAAUCGUAGGUGUAAGAAUCCACACAUUCCAGAAAGGAGGGGUAUUCCCAAGACAGAAACACCUGUAAUUGAAAGCAGUAACACACACAUUGUGAAAGGAAGUGCCAUUUCAAAAGCAGACAUUCCUGCUGUUGAAGACAUAGACACUGAUGAACGUGCAGGACCUUCUACUGGGGGAGCUGCUGAAGGAAAUGCCACUCCAAAACCACAUGUACAACCUGAAGGAGUGUCCCACAUACUUGUUCAAACCGAGUGUUUUCCAAUCCAGUACAGCCCUUUUGUGACCAAAAACAGAGGCAGUUCAAGCAGGCGAUCAGAUAAGUUGGCAGAUGAAUCUGAGCAAUAUAAUGAGCAAGGUGGGUUGGGCUCUUCAGCUUUAAAUUCAAGUGCCAAUUAUGCAACAGAAGAAAAUGAGCAGCAUGGGGUCAUGUACUUCAGGUCUGUUUUGAACAGCGAAACAAAAAGGCUAGAGUCCAUGUGUCAGGAGUGGCUUCAUAUUCAGAGCUCAACGUAUGAUCUACCAUCAGAGAUAAGUGACAUGAUCAGUGCAGCUGUGGGGCAAACACAACUCCUCUUGAAGAAGAAGUUCUGUCAGUUUAAUGGUUUAAUUGAUAGAUGCGAGAAGACUUCAGAACUUGAAACAACAGAAGCGCCUGUCAUGUGUUCUGAUCUCAAUGGCUUUUGGGACAUGGUGUAUAUGCAGGUUGAAGACGUGGACCUUCGUUUCAGUAAAUUGGAGAAACUUAAACUAAACAGUUGGAGAGAAGAAGAGAAUACAGUAUGUGUGGAGGCAAAGCGACCUGCCACUAGAGGUUCAAAGCAGGCUAAGAAAGUGCAAAAGCCAGCAAAAUCUUCGAUACGUGCAAUGAUAACAGCGGCACGGAAGAGAAGGCAAAUAGAAUCACCUGAAGAUGUUGGAGGUGUCAGCAUGAAUCCUGCAUGUACCCCAAAACAAGGUGCUGUAUCCAGAAGUGAAUCCACUCCUAUAGUGUCACGUAAGUCUCAGACAUCUGUGCUGCAACACACAUUAUUAGAUCAGCAUAAGCGGCACAGCCGUGGGCGGAGGCAGGAACCAAGUCCCAUCGUCAUUAAAGUGGCUCAAAUAGCCAAGUUUUCAGAGGCUGCUUGUGCUCCAAGUCCAUGCACAAAGUCUUUGCCAACCCAGACAUCAAGAAAGAGUAUUCUGAAGUCUGUGAUGAAUAGUCUUUCUACGCCUACAAAUACAGCUUUAAAUAUUGACAAUCAAAAUGUUAAUGAUGAGUCCAUCAUUGCAAUUCGUCAUUCAUCUGUUGACACCAAAGGGAACAAUAUGUUUAAAGUUAGAAGAAGUUCAAGAAGUGUAAGAAGAAAAGUUAGAUUUGAAGAUGCAGGUGAUGAUUCACAACCAAAAGAAGUUCAGCCAAUGACACCAUAUAUUUCUCAAUCACAAAGGCCAGAGCGGAGAUACAGUACAAGAAUCAGCCUGCUAGGAAGCCUGGAUGCUGAUGAUAUUGUUAUGCCACUAGCAACAGGGGAUCUCAUCUGCUUGGAUUCUCCAGUAUCAGAACCUCGUCGAGUUACUCGUCGAUCAGUUCGUCUCAGCACCCAAGCCCGAAACUGAAGGUUUGAAAAUAUGACAGGCAAUGAUUAGUAUAUCAUUUUGAUUCAAAAUUUAAAAUACUGAUGUACAAAAAAUUUAGUCCCAAAACUCUUGGUGUACUUGCAUUUAUUCAUAUGUAAACAUAAUAAGUACAAAAAUCUUGUUAAGUAUUAAGAUUUAGAAGAAAUAAAUAGAGUUCCGCAUUUCUUCUUUUUCUCC